AGAAAGAUGAUAAGUGGGAAUGAUUUUUACAAGGUGAUGUGUGCAAUGGUGCCAUUGUACUUUGCAAUGCUGGUAGCGUAUGGGUCAGUGCGGUGGUGGAGGAUAUUCUCGGCGGAACAGUGCGCCGGCAUCAACCGCUUCGUCGCCGUUUUCGCCGUGCCGGUGCUGUCCUUCCACUUCAUAUCUCAGAACAACCCCUACCAGAUGGACCCAAAGUUCAUAUUGGCUGAUACAUUUUCCAAGCUUUUGGUCCUUCUUUUGCUCUCAUCUUGGGCAAUAUGCAAAGGGCAGUUGGAUUGGCUCAUCACCCUCUUCUCACUCUCCACUUUGCCCAAUACCCUUGUUAUGGGCAUCCCUUUGCUUAAGGCCAUGUAUGGAGAUUUCACCCAAUCACUCAUGGUUCAACUUCUUGUCCUUCAAUGCAUCAUCUGGUAUACUAUUUUAUUAUUCUUGUUUGAGUAUAGAGCAGCGACCAUACUAAUCAAGAACCAAUUUCCCGGCGAUAUAGCUGCCUCCAUAACAAAAUUCGCCGUCGACAAUGACGUCAUAUCCCUCGACGGCCGGGGACCGCUUUGCACGGAGUCGGAGAUCGACGUUAAAGGCCACAUCCGCGUCCGUAUCCGACGGUCCAUUUCAUCGUCGGCGCCGGAGGAAUCGGGGUUCUCAUCCUCCCUAGGGAUCACUCCCAGGGCGUCCAAUCUCUCCAACGCCGAGGUUUUCUCCGUUAACACGCCGCCGGGCCCGUUGCAUGAGUUCCAGCUCGCGAACGACGACGUAGCGUUCGGGCAUGGGGACUUGGGCGUGGGCUUUCGGGCCGGGCUGAGCCCGCAGCUCUCCGUCGGCGGCUACGCCUCAUCUGAUGCGUACUCGUUGCAGCCGACGCCGAGGCCGUCGAAUUUUAACGAGAUGGACGCGGCGACGACGGGGAAUACUCCGAUGUGGGUCAUGUCCCCCGCCUCCGGCGGGAAGAUUUGCCGGCAGGCGUCUCCGGUGGCUAAGGAGACGUCGCCGGGGAAGUGUGAAGGCGGCGGAGAAACACAAGGGUAUAGAGAUGCUGUUGGAGAAAAGGAAGCUAGCUUCAGAGAUUUUGCAAAGUGUUCAGUGGAGGAUGGAAUUGAAGAUAAGAGAAAAAAUAAAGAAAUGCCAAAUGCCUAUGUGAUGCUAAGACUCAUACUUACCAUGGUUGGAAGAAAGCUUUCUCGUAAUCCAAAUACUUACUCCAGUCUAUUAGGCCUUCUCUGGUCUCUAAUCUCUUUUAAAUGGAAUGUGGGGAUGCCAAGUCUGGUGAGAUAUUCAAUACAAAUAAUUUCAGAUGCAGGCCUUGGAAUGGCAAUGUUUAGCUUGGGACUAUUUAUGGCAAAUCAACCAAGGAUAAUUGCUUGUGGAGUUAAGAUGGCAAUAAUAGGCAUGGUAAUCCGGUUCAUAAUCGGCCCAAUGGUUAUGUCAGCUGCAUCGGUUGCUGUUGGGUUAAGAGGAGUUAGACUCCAUGCUGCAAUUGUGCAGGCUGCUCUUCCCCAAGGCAUUGUUCCAUUUGUGUUUGCUAGAGAGUAUGGAUUGCAUCCUGACAUACUCAGUACAGGGGUAAUAUUUGGCAUGCUAGUUUCUUUACCCGUGACUCUGCUCUACUACAUACUUUUAGGCCUAUGAUUAAUAUAUUAUAUAUAUGACAAGUCCUUAGCUAGGGUGGUUAUUUAGGGUUUCUACUCAUGUAAGAAAUGCUUUGAAGACCUAGGGACACAGAAACCUUAACGAAAUCUUUAGUACCCAAAAUAUAUUGUAUUUAAGGGUAAAUUAGAAA